CAACAGAGAUCAAGUUUGAAAGACUACAAAAAUGUGAUAAAUUGUAGAAAUCAGCCACGGAGUAUGAAAAUUAAAAAUGAAUCAUAAUCUACCUCGCGAUACAGAAGAAGCGGUUUAAAAAUUUCCUCUUCUACACUGUAAAACUUCUACCAUUCGACAUUUGACCUGUGUGUGUCAGUCCAGUGUGCGCACAUACGCUGUCAAAAACAUCCGUGAAUCAUUUGUUAUUUUUUUGUGUGUCAGAUUCGUUCUUUAAAAAAAGUAGAACAGAAAACAAGGAACUAAUAAAAGGAAUUUGUUCUUUCAUAUUUCUUUAUUGGUUUGUAACACAUUCGUUCUAACAAACCCACCGAACGGAAAGGAAAACGGAACUUGCAAAUCUCGGUUGGGCGUUAGAUACUAUCGAAACGUAGUAAACGGCUCGUGAAAAACAUCAACAAUGGAUCAGGAUCGUAUUCUAGCGACAUUCAAGAUAUUAAUAAUAGGCGAAAGUGGUGUAGGAAAAUCUAGCUUGAUGUUACGAUUCACAGAGAACGACUUCGACAGCGACCAGGCGCUUACGAUCGGUGUGGACUUUAAAACGAAAAUGCUCGAUAUCGACGGUGUGAAGGUGAAGCUUGCUAUAUGGGAUACGGCCGGCCAGGAAAGGUUUCGUACGCUUACGCCCAGCUACUAUAGGGAUGCCCAGGGAGCCAUCCUAGUGUAUGACGUCACCAAAAAGGACACAUUCCAGAAGCUAGAAUCGUGGCUAAACGAGCUGGAAAUUUACGGCACACGCAACAAUAUGGCUAAAAUGAUAGUGGGUAAUAAGAUUGACCAGCCGAACCGAGCGAUCAGCAGGGACGAAGGGUUUCGGUUUGCUAAAAAGCACCGGAUGAUGUUUAUCGAAACGUCGGCAAAAACGAGCGAAGGCGUAAAGGAUGCAUUUGAGGAGGUAGUUCGUAAGAUUAUGGAAACCGACGGGUUGUGGGAACGAAACGAUUACGGUGAUGGCGUUGAUCUGCAUGGCAAUCGUGUACCUGCGGCUGGCUCGUGUUCCUGUUAGCUUCCGGUUGUAGCAUACGAUCCUAAGCACCACUGGCACAAAACGGGAUCACUGCGGACCAGAAAGGUGAAUCGUCGUUUGUAUCGCAUGCUUUGCAGCUCAUUAUACCGUGCUCGCCCUGUGUACUACUGCUGUUCAUCACGAUAUUCAUACCAACGGUACGGUAAAUAAGUUUUUUUUUAUUUAAUAUGUUUUGUGUUUAGAUAAAAUAUUUUAACCCUAUUUUAUGCAUUGUGUAUGUGGUUACGUUAAGGUAUACUAGGCGGAAAUAAUAAUAAAAAAAACAUGAGGAAAGUUUAAACGUUUCCUUUGA